AAAGUCGGAAUUGUACUGUCAAAAAAAAAUGAUUAGAAAAAAAAAAAACAAUGCAGCAAUGACAAGUCUCAGUGUGUGUGACGUCAAUAAUUCAAUAAAAAAAAAUUAAAAUUUAAUUAAAAAAAAAAAGAACAUUCAAGCUAUUAUUAUUAUAAUUAAAUUAAAAGAACAACAAUAAAUAAUUAUUUAUUUAUUUAUCCUAAUUGUUCGAGUUUUAGUUUCUCUUUUUUUUUUUUUUUUCUAGAUGUAAUUUUGGAUUAUUUGGUAGAUACUUUCUCUCUCUUCUCUCUUCAAUGACGAUGUCAACCUAACCUACACAACAUACGUCAUACAGAUGCAAAAAAAAAACAAUAAAAUUAAUAAACAAUAUAAUAAAAAUUAAAGUGUUUAAAGUGUUAAAAAAAAAAUAAAAAUGUCAAACACAUUGGCAAAUGUGCCAAUAUCAGAAUUAAUAAAAAAUAAAUCAAAAUCACUUGAAGAUGAUGAGCCAAAAAAAAAGAGUAGAGAAGAUUGGAGAAAAGCUAAAGAACUUGAAGAAGCUAGAAAAGCUGGUACAGCACCAGCAGCUGUUGAUGAAGAGGGUAAAGAUAUUAAUCCACAUAUACCACAGUAUAUUAGUUCAACACCAUGGUAUUAUGGUGCAUCUGGACCAACAUUAAAACAUCAAAGACCACAACCAGAAAAACAAACACAACAUAGUAAACUUGAUGAGUGGUAUAAACGUGGUGUUAAUACAAAACAGUUGUCAGUUAAAUGGACAAAAGGUGCAUGUGAAAAUUGUGGUGCUAAAGGACAUAAAGUAAAAGAUUGUUUUGAACCAAAACGUGUACGUCCAGCAAAAUAUGGCUCAAAAAUAAUAUCAGCUGAUGAUCAUGAACAGCCAACAUUGUCAUUAGAUUAUGAUGGCAAAAGAGAUCGUUGGGCUGGUUUUGAUCCACUUGAAUAUAAAGCUGUUGUUGAAGAACAUCAAAAAAUUGAAGCAGUUAAACGACAAAUGAGAGCUGAAAAACUAAAUGCUGAAGAUGAUGAUCAAGAUUCUGAUAAAGAUGAAGAUAAAUAUGUUGAUGAAGUUGAUAUGCCUGGUACUAAAGUUGAUUCAAAACAACGUAUUACUGUUAGAAAUUUACGUAUACGUGAAGAUACUGCAAAAUAUUUACGUAAUUUAAAUCCAAAUUCAGCUUAUUAUGAUCCAAAAACAAGAUCAAUGAGAGAUAAUCCACAUCAAGAAAUUCAACAAGAAGUUGAUUAUCAAGGUGAAAAUUUUGUAAGAUUUUCUGGUGAUACACAAAAACAUGCAACAGCACAAUCAUUUGCAUGGGAAGCAUAUGAAAAAGGUGUUGAUGUUCAUCUUCUUGCUGAACCAACAAAACUUGAAAUGUUACAUCAUGAAUAUGAUAAAAAAAGAGAUGAACUUAAAAAUAAAGCACAUGGUAGUGUUAUUGAUAAAUAUGGUGGUAAAGAACAUCUUGAAACACCAGAUCCAUCACUUUUAUUUUCACAAUCAGAAAAUUAUACUGAAUAUUCACGUGCUGGAAAAAUAUUAAAAGGACAAGAAAAACAAGCAGUACGUUCAAGUUAUGAAGAAGAUAUUUAUCCAAAUAAUCAUACAUCUGUUUGGGGUUCAUUUUGGCAGUCUGGCAAAUGGGGCUAUGCAUGUUGUCAUUCAUUUCUUAAACAAUCAUAUUGUGUUGGUGAAGUGGGCAAGGAAGCAGUUGCAUCUGCUCAAGUAGUUGGUGGAAAGAAAACAUCCAAUAAACCUGCAGUUGAUGCUGUUGUUGAUGAUGAUGCUAAAAAAAUUGAUAGAGAAUUGAGUAGUAAUUCUUCAGGUGAUGAUGAUGAUGAUGAUGUUGAUGAUGUUAGAAGCAAGACUGAACGUAAUAAAGAUUCAUCAAAAAAGAAAAAAAGAAGAAAGCAAAAAAAUAAAAGAAAAGAAAAACGUAAAGAAAAGAAAAAGAAUAAUGCUGAUGAUGAUGAUGAUGAUGAUGAUCCAUUAAAAAAAGCAUUAAAAGCUGAGGAAAAAGCACAAAAAGAAGCUAAUGAAUUGUUGAAUAUGGAUGAAAGAAAAAGACCAUACAACAGUAUGUUCCAUACAAAGGAACCAACUGCUGAGCAAGUUGAAGCUUUUCAAAUUAAAAGACGAAGAGAUGAAGAUCCAAUGGCUAAUUUUAUGUAAUUUAAAACAAAUAAAUAACAAUAAUCUCCUUAAAUAACAGCUAGUGUAAUUUAAAAAUAAAUUUUAAUGAUUAAUUGUAA